CUCGGGCGGCUGCGGGCACAGCGUCAGCAGCUGCCGCGGAGCAAGGCAGCGUCGGCCGCGUCGGCCGCGGGUUGGAGCAGCUCAGGUGCGGCCCCGCCCCGCCCGCCUGCGGCCCCGCCCCGGCUCAGGUGAGCUGCCCCUCCCCGGCCCAGGUGAGUGGCCCCGCGUCCGUCGAUGUGACCCGAGUCCGCCUGACCACCUGUCCCUCCGGUGGCCCUGGGUGCGCGUGUCCCCAAUAGCGGGGAAGCCUGUAGGGGCGCCACGUCGCCGCCUGGGCAGCGUGUGCGGGUCCGUGGCCACUCUUGGGCCCCCAGCCAGGAAACCUUGACUGCACUAAGGGUUUGCAGGGUGCCCAGGCCCUAGGGACUCUCUGGAGGAUGGGAUGACAGAUGCAGAAGGACCCGGAGAAGGCCCCGACAGAGAUUGUCAGAACAGUAAGUGUGGCCCAAAGAAGAACAUUUUUAAAGAAUUACAACCAUUGGGGAUGAUAGCAGAUUCACAAUGGAGGUUCCCCCAGCAACCAAGUUUGGCGAGACCUUUGCAUUUGAGAACAGGUUAGAGUCACAACGAGGACUUUUCCCAGGGGAGGACCUGGGGGACCCUUUUCUUCGGGAAAGAGGUUUGGAGCAAAUGGCUGUGAUCUACAAGGAGAUCCCUCUUGGUGAGCAAGACGAAGAACAUGAUGAUUACGAGGGGAAUUUCAGUUUGUGCUCAAGCCCUGUUCAGCAUCAAAAUAUCCCCCCAGGAACCAGACCCCAGGUUGAUGAGCUCUUCGGACAAACCUUCCUCCAGAAAUCCGACCUCAGCGUGUGUCAGAUAAUCCACAGUGAAGAACCCAGUCCAUGCGAUUGUGCAGAAACAGACAGAGGGGACUCAGGACCUAACAUGCUUCACAGAACCCCACAACCAGCCAAGCCCUACGCGUGUCGAGAGUGUGGGAAGGCCUUCAGCCAGAGCUCACACCUGCUCCGACACCUGGUGAUCCACACCGGGGAGAAGCCCUAUGAGUGCUGUGAGUGCGGGAAGGCCUUCAGCCAGAGCUCCCACCUGCUCAGGCACCAGAUCAUCCACACCGGGGAGAAGCCCUAUGAGUGCCGGGAGUGUGGGAAGGCCUUCCGCCAGAGCUCAGCCCUCACGCAGCACCAAAAGAUCCACACGGGAAAGAGGCCCUACGAAUGCAGGGAAUGUGGGAAGGAUUUCAGCCGGAGCUCCAGCCUCAGGAAACACGAACGGAUUCAUACAGGAGAGAGACCUUAUCAGUGUAAGGAAUGUGGGAAAUCCUUCAACCAGAGCUCAGGCCUGAGCCAGCAUCGAAAGAUCCACACCCUAAAGAAGCCUCACGAGUGCGAUCUCUGUGGGAAAGCCUUUUGUCACAGGUCACACCUCAUCCGACACCAGCGGAUCCACACUGGGAAGAAACCAUACAAAUGCGAUGAGUGUGGGAAGGCCUUCAGCCAGAGCUCCAACCUCAUUGAGCACCGCAAGACCCACACCGGCGAGAAGCCCUACAAAUGCCAGAAGUGCGGGAAGGCCUUCAGCCAGAGCUCCUCCCUUAUCGAGCACCAGCGCAUCCACACCGGUGAGAAGCCCUACGAGUGCUGUCAGUGUGGCAAGGCCUUUUGCCACAGCUCUGCGCUGAUCCAGCACCAGAGGAUCCACACUGGCAAGAAGCCCUACACCUGCGAGUGUGGCAAAGCCUUCCGGCACCGGUCCGCCCUCAUCGAGCACUAUAAAACCCACACCAGAGAGAAGCCCUAUGUGUGCAAUCUGUGCGGCAAGUCCUUCCGGGGGAGCUCACACCUGAUUCGCCAUCAGAAGAUUCAUUCUGGGGAGAAGCUAUAGAAAGAGGAGCCCACACAAAGCUUGAAAGCCUGUGCUAGAUGGAGCCCUUAUUCCACAUCGCAUGGUCUCCAAGACCCCACCUACCUCCCUGAUGCUGAAUGGAAACCCUCCAACCUAAGCGCUCUUGAACAUCCCACUAGCAGGAAGGCCCCACGUGGCCCCCGGCCAAGCACGCCAGCUCUCAGCAGGUUUUCUGCGUGGAAGGGAAGGCGGGGCGAUAGGGAGGGCAGCUGGAAAAGAGAGCUGGCCUUCAGUUUCUCCUUGCAUUUGACUCCCAAGCCUACAGGAUUUCAUUUUACCCUGUCUUCGCUUUUCCCAGAAUCCAGAAGAAGGAUAAAUGCCAAGAGGGAGAAAGUUGAGUUAAACCCAGGAAAAUAUCAAAUGAACUCUUUAAAUCAGGCUGCAGUCUGGCACUUUUAGAAGACAGAAACCACACUCACAGUCCAAAUCAGUGGAAGAAAAAUGAAUUCAAAAGUAGAAGUGUCAGCAGCAAAGUGUAAUUUUCUCACUGGGUUGGGCAUUGGUGGGGACAACCAAAACAGGUCUGCAGAACAAAGGCAGGUCUGGAGGGUGGGUCUUGGGAUGGGGGGUACGGGUGGUGAGCCCCUGGGCAUGGUCUCUUAACCCUCUCCUUAGCCCUAGGGCAGUUUCCCUCAGACAGCUCUAUUAUAGGAGGAUAGAGAUUUGAUCAUGUUGGCCGGAGGAUGUUUGACACCUGGCUGUGACUCAGCCUGGGCACUGGACGUGACUGCCCUCCAGGAAUAACCCCUCCCUGAGACAGUGUCCCCAAGACCACAGUGUGCCUUGGACAUUAGCAGGGCCUGGGUCUGGUCUGGUCUGACAAUGACGCAGCCCUCCUGCCCCAGUGUCAGGGGACCUGGGAAGCUGGGUGGCUUGUUGGAGGAGGCCGUGUUCUAAUCAGAAGGUCUAGGUUCAAGUCCUAGUUCCACCCCCUCCUACCUGCGUGAACUUGAACAAGUUGUGUAACCUCCCUGGGCUCCAUUUCCCCAUCCAAGAGUUGGGGUAAUGGGAACUGGCCACGUGCCUCUAAGGGUUGGUGCCAGGCUGCCAUUCAGAAUGCAGCCAUGGUGAAAGUGCUUUGGCAACUGUGAGCAGUCAUGGUGACUGAGGACAGAUUCCCAGAGUGACCCCUGCCCCACCCCAGUGCAUUUCCGCAGACUGGAGAGAUGUUCCCAUCUGGUUUGUGAGCGGUGGGACCUCUUAUUGAAGAGAGCUUUCCCUUCCUCCGCCCCUUGCAGCCUGGGCUGUGUAUGCCUGCGGAUGCACUGUCCCACACAAGGACACUUCCUCUUGGACGCCAUCCUGAGCCUCCUGUAGCAGCAGUGUCAUUCCGCACUUCCAUAUUCUGUCUUCCCCGCCUGCCAACUAGGAGUUCAUGUGGGGCUUGUUUAAACAGUACCAUUGCCUGUGUCCCACCCGGCCCAGUUCAGUCAGCCCCAGUGGCGGCAGGUUUUAAAGCUCCCCAGGUGAUUAUAACUUCCUAGUGUGCAGCCAGGCUGUGGGCCCUGUGCUGGGCUUUUUUUUUUUUUUUUUUUUUUUUGAGAUGGAGUUUUGCUCUGUCUCCAGGUUGGAGUGCAGUGGCGUGAUCUCUGCUCACUGCAAUCUCCAACUCCUGGGUUCAAGCGAUUCCCCUGCCUCAGCCUCCUGAGUAGCUGGGACUACAGGCGCGUGCCACCAUGCCUGGGUAAUUUUUUGUAUUUUUAGAACAGACGGGGUUUCGCCAUGUUGGCCAGGAUGGACUUGAUCUCCUGACCUCAUGAUCUGCCUGCCUGGGCCUCCCAAAGUGCUGGGAUUACAGGCAUGAGCCCCCGCGCCCGGCCCGUGCUGGCCUUUUAUGCAUCGCUUGACAGCUUCCAAUGUCAGCCUGCUGGCUUUGGCUGAGCAGAGCUUGAAGGCCAUUCUGUCUCAGUGCUCCCACUCCCUGCUCCCUGUACCAGGAGCCUCAGGGAUGGGCUCAGGCAGUGAUGGUCAGUUGACCGCUUGGAAAGUGUUUCCCUGGAGCCUCGAGGAUCUCUUUAGUCCUGACUUCCCUCGGGCUCCUCAGAGGUAGUGGGGAAGGAGGCAGUCUAGGCUGUUUUGAAGUUUCCUAAACAUUUAUGGCUGGGCUAACAUAACUUCGUCAUGGUAACACUGGCUAUUUCAGCUGAUCAGAAGCUCAGCAUGGCCAUUAUGCCUAGUUUUGAUGAAUAAACAUGGGAAAGCCA